AUGCGCGCGGCUUCGUCGGGAUCUAGUGACGACUUAGAGACGGUUCGCAGUUCUGGGGGAAGCCAAGAAGCGGUUCAUCGCGCAGCGAUGAUGGAUACGGAGAACUUGAGUCGGGCGCAGCGCGUCCUGGUCUCGGAGUCGAUGGUGCAAUCACGGAGAGACGACGACGGUCGCGAUCAUACUGACGAUCAGAUGAUCCCGAUAAGCUUUUAUCCGGGGAAUAUCUUCGAGAAGCAGCCUCCGCUUGAUCGGGAGCGUGUACGUCCUUCGAUUGUUGAAGGCCAGGACUGGCGGGACGUCUUGGGGACGAAAUCGACCGUCGAGUCGGUGACAAAACUUCUGCGGGCUCGCGACGCGGCGGGGGUUACGUUUAUAAUCCCGAGGAGCGAUCAGCGGCCUUGGUCUCCUCCGAAAGGAUACCAAUGCGUAUACGAGUCAUAUUUUGAGGGCGACACCAAGCUGUGGUUUCCGAUUCCUCGACUUAUCACCGCGUUUACGAUGCGCCGGGGAGUUGCCCUCAGUCAGUUCCUGAACGGUGCGUGGCGGCUGGCCGUCGCACUGACGAUCAUCGGAGCGGAAGCCGGUGUUCCACUUAAUGUUCGAGCUUUCGAGGAGCUAGUGUCGGUGAAGAUGAAAGGCGGGCUGAUUUCGUUGAAAAUUCGUCCCAAUUAUAAUGUGGUGACCGGUUAUCCAACUAAGACGAAUAAUUGGCAGCGGUCCUACUUCUAUGUCAACUCCGACAGGGCUGCGUUCGAAGAACCGCUGAGGACCGGCUACCGUGUUUUAUGGACCCGAGAGAUGGUUGGUCUCCCGAACACCGUAGAGUACGAGGAGGACUUUUUGGAGAGCGCGCGUCUGAUCGCAUCGCAGAAACAAGAUCAUUGGGAUAAAUUCUCCUAUCAGAGGAUUCGUCGAUCGAUUGGGUGGAUUAGCCAACAGGUCUGGCGUUCGGAUACGGUCCCCAUUAUUACUAAGAAGACGAAGAGGCUCAAUUUGUUCAAUUCAGCCGAACAGAGGGAAAUAAAUCGAGCAAGAGCGAUGAGGGAUUUGCCGAAUUUGAGUCUGGUGGUCGGGAAGAAAACCGGUCUCGUGAAGAAGCUGCAGCCUGAUACUGCAGUUUCGCCUGAUUUCGGAGAUCCAAACGUAACUGAGUCCGAUGUCGAGGCUCGGCUGGUGAGGAAGACGAACCGGAAAAGGCAGCGAGAGGAAGAGAACGCGGCUGCUGAAGAGGCGAACAUUGACGCCAACUCCCCGAGGAACCGCUCCGGAUUGGAGAGGGGGGAGGGCGAACUCAAGGAUCUGGAGCCAAGUGGUGGUUCCAAAGACGAAGUGGUUCCCGAAUCGCAGCCUGCUGGGAGUCGUGACGAAGAUCCGCCGGUAACUUCGUCAAAGGCUGAGAAGAAAAAGAAGAAGAAGAAGAAGAAGAGAAACGCUGAAGUGAUUCCUCGAGGUUCUUCCGAAGAGCUGGACGACGAGCUGGUGGACGCCACCCGUUCCGGGGAAUCGUUGGCUCCGGAGAAUGAGGACGCGCAAGCUGAAUCUGCUCCUCAGGUCGCCGAAGGGACCGUGGCUGUCUCGAAAAAGAAGAAGAAGAAGAAAAAGAGGAGUUGUCCUGACAAAGUCUCUUUUUCCUACGAUCGCGAUGUCCCCUUAGCGCACGACGAACAGGAGUGCGGUCGUUUGGUUCGUCAAUUUAGGGGAGAUCGAGGUGAGCUGCCGCCGGUCGAGGAUCUGAUCUUCAAGGAAGAGUACACCUUUGCAUCUCGUACCUCCAUCAUGAGUCAUGGGGACUGGAACAUCUUAGUCAGGAAGUAUGACGAAGAGCUGAAGGGGGCCUUUGAGAUGGUUCGUAAGCAGAAAGGACUCAGCAGACGCGCGACCCGGGCUCUGAAUAACUCAGUUCGUGAAAAGAACGAGGCGGUUGCUCGGGAGGAAGAGUUGAAGAAGGAGCUUGACGAGCAAAGGGCGAUCAUGGCGACCGAACUGGCGUCUGCCCGGGAGUUGGUGAAGCGGGCGGAGGAGGAGAAAGCUCAGAUGCGGAAAAGGAACGCUGAGCUGCAGGGCAAGAACACGACCCUUGAGAAAGAGGUGGUUGCUGCGUCCUUAGAGUAUUCCAAGCAGAUGGAUCGCCUGAGGGAGUCUCGUAAGCUUGAGGUCACCCAUGAACGAAUCCGUGUAAUGGCGGCGAUGACCGGGAAAUUUGCCCGACGCUUCAGGAAUAUUCAGGAUCGGGAGAAGCGUCGUGACGAGUUCGAGGACGCGCGGUGUAUGCUCGGCCAAGCGCGCGGAAUGCGAGACUGCCUUGAGGCCUUGAGGGAAUCGGGAAAGGAUAUCCCGCAGGAGACCAUUGAUACGUACUCCGAUUUGGAGAAGUAUAUGAAGGGGAGACAGUUCGCCUGGAAGUAG